AUGGAGAAUUGUGAUGUUCUCAUUGCAGCUUUGGAGCGAUUCCUCCAGGAGGAAGCCGAUGAUCGGCAACGCUCUGCUCAGGCUCCAGAUCCGUCGGCUGCCAUGCCCGCCGACGACGAGCAACGCUCUGCUCUAGAUCUGUUGGCCGCCAUGCCCGUGGACGGCAGACAACGCUCUGCUCUAGAUUUGCUGGCUGCCACCGCCAGCAACAGGCGACGUUCUGCUCCAGAUUCAUCGGCCGCCACCGCCAACAGCAGGCGAUGCUCUGCUUCAGGUUCAUCUGCCGCCACCGCCAAUAACGGGCAACGCUCUGCUCCGGGCUCAUCUGCCGCCACUUCCAACGACAGACAACGCUCUACUUCCUAUUCGUCGGCCGCCAUGCCCGCCUACGAUAGGCAACGCUCUGCUCCAUCUGCUCCAGAUUCCUCGGCCGCCAUGCCCGUAGACGACGAGCAGCCCUCUGGUCCAGAUCGGUUGGGUGCCAUGCCCGCCGAACUCAUGAACCAAAUGAUUCCAGAGCUUGACCCCAUCUCACUCAUCAAUCUCAGCCAAGCCAGCCAUGGGUUUCGGGCCAUCAUCAAACCGAGCAGGGAAGAGUUCGUCGACCGGCUUCUCGCCCUCGAGUGCACCGAAGAGUAUGGUGGUGCCGAAACAUUCAUCCACCGGCGAGUCUGGAGACCCUCCAACAACUUGCCCAUCCACUACAAUCUAGAACGCUACCCUUCAAUCGACGACACGAGAUGGGAGACCCAGCGAUUCGCGUGCAGCGGCUGUCUGAAGCUCCUGCCUCACUAUCAGUUUGACAAUCGCUCCAUUCAGCACGAAGACUAUCGGAAACCCAUGUUUGGCACGCCGUCUGCCAAGACCCCAACGACGUGGAGACCGAGUUUGAGAGGCAAAGACCGGAAACAAAUCAGCGGCCGCCUGAAGAGGGCUCAGCGGAAGGAGCUUCGCCUGGUGGAGAGCGAGCUGCCAGAGGGCCACCCUGUUCUACUCCAGUACACAGCAGCAUUCAAAGCUCUUAAGCUCGACUUUAAACGCGAGCUCAAUUCUCGGCGGGUGAGAGGAGUGGAUGAGUACGUGAUAAACGGACAUGGGCGGCCCGUGACAACCGCAAAUCCUCGGACUGUGACCAAGAUGCUCACGGAGAUUAGUCGCCGGGGUCAAAAACGCCGCAAUCGCCGAUGCAAUGAAUGUCUGUUCCAGAAAGGUCAAUACAGAGCUCCGUCCACUAUCGGGGACGUCAGAACUCCCAUCAUGAAAAGGAGUCGGCUCGUCCGUUGCGGAAGCGCCCUACGUCGGUACUUCCCGGGCUAUUCGGAGAUCUAUGGCAGACCGUGCCCGCCGAUCCCAACCCUGAGAAUGCCAUCCUUUGUUCGUUUUGUAAGGUUCCAGGAGCUGUGGAAUUUGUGUAUGAUCCGAUGCCCUGGAUGCGAGGUCUGGCAAGAGAUGCGAGCAUUCCGACUCAGUGGGUCACUUCUGGGUUGUGGAUUCGACACCACAGCGGAUGCAUGGGAGGGAAUGAUCGAUUGGGACGCGACGAUCAUGGAGCAAGAGAGCCUCGGGGAGAGUGUUUGCAAUCGCUGCUUUGUCAACAAGAAUGGCAGGGACCAGCUGAAGCAGGUUCUGUUCCGAUGGCUGUCUCAUGAACAGUCGCAGGAGCUCGCACGCAUUGAGGCAAUGAUCAAGGUCGGCUGGAUUUCGAUCACGGACGCCCUCACGAGCGCCAAAUUCAACUCGGACCCUUGGGACAAUCUCAGGAGAGCACAUAGCAUUUCUCUCAAAGGCAUCGCUCCAAUCCUCAGGAAAGAUUUUCAACUGGACUUUAGCUCAAUGACGCUUCUGAGGUCAUGGUAUCAAGUGCUCUUCCUCAAGGACCCGCGCUCCGAAGCGGAGACUUUUGCCGACUAUUUCAGCCCAACGCGCAACUGGGAGUAUCAAUGGCUGAUGAACUUCCCGCUUCUCCAGUCGCACUGGUUUCAUCUCACGGACAUGAUAGAUGUGGUCCAGGCCGAUCUAGAACGGCUCGUAGAUUGGGCUCUGGAUCCAUGUCUGGGCCUGCCAUUGCAUUAUGUGGACGAGGCCUCCCUCAAUUAG